AUGGCGUCUCGGAAAAGGCCGUUGCCCGAAGAUACCAAGCAGGAGCAGGAGGACUUCAACAUGUGCUCUGAGUCCACGGGCGACGGGUUGUCGCGGCUUUCCCAGCUGUCGACCUACGACAUGUAUUGGCAGUGCACCGCUUACCGUGCUUGCAGCACUCUCACAGACAAGUUGCUCGGACGCUGCCGGAACACGCCUCCUAUGGAGUUCCUCCUUAGCUUGACGGAAUUUGACGGAUCGUGGUUCCAUUGCAAUCAGCGGCUCAAAGUGCACCUGCAGAAUUUCAUCGCCUUGAUGGGUCUCUUGGCGAUGGCGCUGAGUGCUGACGACGAAGGAGCCUCUGCCGACCUGAGCUCGCCCAGCUCGUCCCAGCGGUCUGUACCCUCGAGAGAGGCUGAGGAAGCUCCAUUUCCGAGCAUGGAAAAUCUGGCGCAACCGCAAGUUCCGCAAGUUGACAUGCAAGCCUCUGCCAGUGCAUUUAUCACGGAGCCGGAGCUUUCAAGUUGGGAGGAUGGCACCACGGAUGGAGCUUCGCAAGAGGAGGGCUUGGAGACGGGAUCCCUGCAUGCCAGCUUCAGUGCAAGUGAGUCGCAGGACCUUCAUGAGGACCUUCAGAAUAGACUGCUGGACAGGCUGUCGUUUGGCACGGGCGUUGAGGUGCCCGAGAUCGGUGCAGGACGACGUCCGAAGGUAAGAAGCCAGCCGCGACGUGCUUAUCGGAUCACACCCGGAUGCUCCGUGGAGGGAACAACGGGACAGAUGAUGCCUGAGCUGAGUUUGCCAGAAUGGCCUCCAGCAAACCUUACUUCUUCAUCUUCUGCAUCUGCAAGUUCGAGCUCCGAAGGCCCCACUGAUCCUCACAUGGCGCAGCUUGCCACUUACUUGGAAGAUCUAUUGGAAGAGGACGAGCAGGAUGAGGCCGAGCAGGAUGAGGCGUGA